AUGGAUCACGGACCUAAGAAGCUCGUCCGGCGGUCUGUCGUAACCCUUUUUGCUUCACUCGGGAUCGUUCACGAUAUAUCCAUCGGCUCUUGGCCUUCUUUCUCCCCGUAUCGCGCAUUCGCUGCGAGUACUUACUUGCAUCUGCACAGUCACUUCGUCAUCACUUUCAUGCGGCGACUGGUGUCAAACACAUUAUGAUGUGACAGUAGCAUCACUGUCGUUUGAAGGGGAAUCGACUUUGUUGCUUUCCAGGCGCGGUAGGGGCGCCAUGUGACACGGCCGAAUUUUGCGAUGAGGAAAGUUCUUGCCGGUUUAAGUAAUCUGCAGAUGAUCCAGCAGUUCGCGAAAAUGUCUCGGCUUUUCCGUCUGGAUUGCUUCUCUUCGUCGCAGUUCCAUGCUUGAGAGCCUUUGCGCUUGGUCUCUAUCUUUAUAAUGGAGUCCUUCAAGCGUGUGGUGUCGAUCUCGCCUCGAAGACGACUGCGUUCCUUGCGAUUUUUACAGUCCCAGGCGUAGACGUAUUCGCUCUAGUGCUUGUGAUUAGAGCGCGAUGGCCAAGAGCUCAGGUGAACGGAUUGUCGCAUCCUGAAAGCAAUGGGGCUGACUUUGUCGACAACAACGUUUCUGUCGAAACACUACAGGUGUCCUAUGUGGAGCCGCAUCGGUAAGCCGAGCUCAAGUGUUUAAACGACAAGCGAUUUGCCUUAUGAAGCCAGCUUUUUUUUGCAAACAUAUAUAGAUACAUUAAGGUUGUCCGUCAAA